AAUGAGUACGGAACAAGUCUCGAGAAGAAAUAGAGUGCCAGGCACGUUCCGUGAUGCUUGCAAAGAUGCAUACGUUCUAGUAAAUCAUUUCCUCAAUGACUCGCAACCCUGGGGUCGUUGUUCUUCUGACAAAUCAGAUUUUGAAUACAAUGACGAUUUGCGGGGGGCUGUCAAGGAAAAGGUGAAAAAGAGUUUAGAAGUACUUGAAUGUGCUAUAGAUAGACAUGGAUUAGAAGAAAUCGCAAUAUCAUAUAAUGGAGGCAAAGAUUGUCUAGUGAUGCUUAUUCUUAUCUUAGCCACCAUCUAUAAGAUGAAAUAUAUCUCCAGUGGUCUGCCGGAUGGUCCAACUGGAGUUGAAAGCAAAUUUGAUGACAAUUAUAAGCUUGAUGCCAUUUAUAUUAAUUCUGAAGUUCCAUUCCCACAAGUGUCGGAGUUCAUUGCAAACUCUACAUUACAAUACCAUUUGAAUGCAGUUGUUAUCAAAGACUCGUUGAAAGAAGGGUUUGAUACUUAUUUAAAAGCCAAGCCGGAGAUUAAGGCCAUAAUUGUAGGAAUACGCCGUUCAGAUCCGUAUGGAUCAACUCUUGAAUAUGAACAAGUAACUGAUCAUAAUUGGCCCAAAUUCUUGCGAAUUCACCCUAUCCUUCAUUGGGACUAUGUUCAUAUAUGGGAUUUUUUAAUCGGCUGUGAUUUAGAUUAUUGUCAAAUGUAUGAUUUAGGAUAUACAAGUAUAGGUGGGAUCAAUAACACUGUACCCAAUCCAUAUCUACAAAACGGGAAUUCGUAUCGCCCGGCGUAUACAUUACGAGAAGAUGCAGACAAUAGAGAAAGAUUGGGAAGAACCAAAUAA